AAUCGAACUAAUUGGGAACGUUUUUAAUUGAUACAUAAAUAUUUUAACCACCAGCAGAACUUUGUUUUCCCCCAGAACUUCUGCUGCUUAUUUUUGGUUUGAUCGUGGAUUUAAGAGCUAGAUUUAUAAAAUCGAGCUAUUGCGGCAUGAAAUUUAAAGUGUUGUUCAAUUUUAUUAGAAAGUUUAUUAUAUACACCUAAAGAAUAUAAUGGCAAUCAAGCUGAAUUUGUUCGUCGCUUUUCUGAUAAUUUCUAUAUAUUAUUUCACAGAGGUCUAUUCCCUAUUAGAAUUUACUAAUCUACAGUGCGAGUCUCUGGAUAAGGACUUUGCCUUAAUUGAUUAUUGUUUUCUGAAAUCUGUGAACCGAUCUUACAAAUAUGUUUCCAUUAAAGUAAACCUCCUACAAAUACCUAUAACCAAAGUUAAGGUAAUGUAUGGUGCAUUCAAAUUUAAUGGCUAUAAACCUUUUCUCUACAAUAUUACUUCUGACGCGUGCAGACUCCUACACUCGCCAAAAUCCAAUCCGGUUGCUCUUUAUUUUUACAUUCAUGUCCUCGAUAAGAUGCCAUAUCAUAGUAUAAAUAAUAUGGUAACCAAAAUACUGCCCUUUCCGGAGGGAAAUUAUAUGUUCGAAGUGCUCUGGAUAGCCUACGACAUUCCUCGAGCCGUAACUAAGUUCUAUGCGUCACUUUCUUAAUAAGAAAAGGCUAUAAAAAAUCAAUCACGUCCCCAAAAAAAUGUAACCCUAAUCAAAACUGUAAUGUAAUGUACCUCUUAA